GUAAUUCAAUGAAGGCGGGAUGGCAGAGAAGCGGAACUUUCGAUAGAAGUUUGUUUAGUUCGGUUUGUUACCAAGAAGCAGCGAAUAACGUUGCUGUUAUUGUACCGUUUGUGCUUUAAAGCGCUGCACGAGACCGGAAAGGUUUUGUUUUAUUUACAUGUGUUCACUCAUUUUACCAGCAUACGUGGUUAACUCUGCCUCUGUUCGGUGCUAAGCUAACUUUUAUUAACGUCAGUUAAACGGAGUAUUUGCAAUGGCUGAGAAAAAAAGCAAAGAAAACGAUGCCAGCCUUCCUUUUGCUGCUCUCCAGCUCCUGGCCCCUCCUGUUCGCCUGGUGUCGGCAGCUCUCUGGAAGGUUCUGAAGCAGAGGGAUGUGAUGCAGUAUGGGGUCGUGGAGGAAUUUGUCACUUCAGCCUGUGAGACCGUUCCUGGGCUUCUUACCUUGCGACAUCAGGGCAAGCUGGCACUGGGCCUGAGAGCACGGUUGAUAUUGGAGUUGUGUCUCAAACAGCCGGAUAUUGACAUGAUUGCCCCACAUCUGGAGAGGAUCCGGGCUCCUGCUCCUCUUUUAUCUUCAUCUUCCUCUACUAUGAAGAGGGAUUUAAAGAUUGUGAAAACGGUGGAAAGUUUCCACGCUUUUGUUAAAAUGCUGCUAACAAACCAAGCUGAGAAAGAGCACUUCUUUAAAGAACAGUUUCCAGUGGAUUAUGGCCCAAAGUUUGACCAGGAGCUGGAGAAACUGUUGUGGGAAUUCCUGAUUCGACUCGACCAGUUGCUUCCAGUUCCAAACCUGAGCCAGACAGUGUCGUGGCUCAGCGAUACCCCUCCUGUCCUGGAGGAGUGUGCACAAGCGGCCACUCAGCCGCAGCUGCUCGACAUCCUACUUCAACAUCAGGCUUGUCUGGGUCACCUGGAGUCGGCAGCGUCUCUUCCCCCAAACAUGGGGGACUCUAUCCUGGCUUCUCUUUCUCUGCCUCCAUCUGGAAAAGUCCCGUCUAACCAACCAACAGGGGUCAGUUUGUCUGCCCCUGAGCGGACAAACGGCUCAAAGCCAGGAGAGGGGCCGUUUAUUAGACCUGUUAUCGGACUCAUUUCUAACGACGAUGUUCCAGCCAUGAUCUCUGCCAAGAAAAAAACCCUGCAAGGUGCUCAGGGGUCCAGUUCAAACGACCCAACAUAUGGUCAACAGAGUCCAAAUAUGAAAUUCACUCUGGUUAAACAGAAGCCGCAGCCUGUGGAGGUGGAGCAGGUGCAUGAGGAGAGGAGCCCCCUCAAUCCCAGGAAACGGAAGCAUCCUGAACCGGCAGGAAGCGACUCGGAGGAGGAGGAAGAGAUCUCUGAGAAUACACCUGGAGGAAAAAGGAUAAACAGGAACCAGGGAAUCGGCGACACCGAGGAAGAGAGAUCACACACCGCACAGAACAACGGCUGCAACAGAGAACUGCUGAAUUGUUAUAUAAACAAGCUAGGCAUCGAAAAACUCCACCUGCCUGAAGAUCCGUCUCUCUGCUCUAUGCUGGCUUCCUGUCUCAGCAGCAAUCCCAGAGUGAUUGUCCACAAACUGUCCUUUUCCUCUGUUAGCGACGGCUUGUCUGGAGGAGAGAAGAAGUCCUUUAACAAGCAGAAGCAGAGAAAGAAGUCCUCAACGUGGAAACGAACACCUGAAAGUCCUGGUCUGGAUGAUAAAGAAAAUCGUCCUGUUGUAUCCAGUGGAAGCAGCUCCUCUAGCCGGCAGAGGGAUCAUGAAGAGACGAUGGCUGUGACAGCAGACGACUACGUAGCGGAUUCUGAGGAUGAGGCAUCGAAGAACUUCAAAGGGAGGCUGUUCAUCAAGCGUUACUACAAGACCAAACAUGGCACAUAUGUUCCCACCCUGAGGGAGUUUUGGAAACCUACAAUGACCCGACCGAACUUGCUGUCCUCCGCCAGCAAACGCAGGUGAUGAAAGGAGGUCAUGGCGUGCUGCUGGGAAAUUAAAACCAUACCUGACUUGUGAUAUAAAAAAAGUUAACUUGGGAAGAAGUUGAAGAAAGUAUAAAAACAACCCACAAAUAGCACUGUGACUUUUUAUAGACUCUUAUGUUUUUAUUGCUCUUUACAUGUAUAUUCACUUGAUUUUUUUUUUUUUUUUAUGUAGUUUUGAGGUAAUUAAAAUCCUUAUAUGUGCUUAACUAAUAAAGAUUCUGAAUUGGA